AUGUGGCGGCCAGUUUUCUUGAUCCUCGCAGUGGCGACUGCUCAUGCCAGCAUUCAGCCCAGUGAGCUGAUGAGCAAUGAGCUGAAAUUGGAUAAAUAUUAUACGUACGCUGAAAUGGAGUCAUACCUGAGGAACCUGAGUAAUGCCUUCAGAGAUAAGAUAACCCUUGAGGAGCUGGCAAAGACGGACGUGGACCACCUAUCAGUUUACAAGGUGAAAGUGUCCAAUAAUCAGAUUGAUGGGCCGAAGAAAGCAAUCCUUUUGGAUGCGGCCAUCCAUGGCAACGAGUGGAUCACAACGACGGUGGCCCUGAAGGCGAUUUAUGAACUGGUGACGGGAAAAAACAAUUUCUUGGAGAAGAGCGACUGGUACAUCCUGCCCAUGGUUAAUCCCGAUGGAUAUGAGUAUACGUUGCCUAAGAAGAACGACAAAUGGAUGAAGAAUCGCAAACCGAAUGAAGGGGGUGAAAUUGGUGUCAACCUAAACCGCAACUUUGACUUCAACUGGGAUAAAACGAAGGAUCGCUCAAAUAUGUCCUGGAGCGAAAACUAUCGCGGAAGCAAGCCCCUCAGUGAGCCCGAGUCCUUGGCCCUUGCGAAUCUAAUGAAAGAACUGACAAAGUCUAACAAGGAGGUCAUUUACAUAUCUCUGCACACUGAGCACCAGUCUUCCAUCUUCUAUCCAUCUGUCUUCGAAGGGAAACCUACGAAAAAUAAUGCCUCACUCGCCUGGCUAGCUCAGUACGCCAGUGAAAAAAUAUUCAAUGAAACAAGGUCAAAAUAUACUCACGGCGUGCCAGUGACAUACAAGGGAACUGGUGGAACGAGCUUGGAUUACGCCUACGAUCUCGGAAUUUCCAUGGCUUUUGACCUCGAGUUUGGCCAGGAAAAAUCCGAUGACCAGAGUUUGGACAGCUUCAUCAGCAAUCGCGCAAAUGAGGGCUGGUCAGGAGUAUACCAUUUGGCUGAGGGAGCCUUCUUGAAAAUCAAAAAUGGUAUAAUAGAACAUGACUGCGAUUGCAAUGAGGACGAAGACGACGCUUACAUUGCUCCUCCGGGUUCCAAUUCACCAACAGAUGAUUCUGAUGACGAUAACGAUGACUGUAGCUGCAAACCCGAUAAGAAAAAGGCCUCGUCAGCCGGGGAAAAUGUUCCGUUCAUCGGUAUUUUCAGUACACUCCUUCUCUAUGUCUCCUACACGAUUCUAAACUAA